UGUUGUGUGGAGGUAGUGUUCGGAAAACAAAAUCAGUUUACGUCAGCGAAACGAGAAGUAGUUAAAGAUGGCAGUUGUUCAACCGAAUAAGUCAGAUAUUGGAGCAAUUUUUAAGAGGUUAAGGGCACUUCAAUCUAAUAAGGUAUGCUUUGACUGUAAUGCAAAGAAUCCUACUUGGGCUAGUGUGACUUAUGGUGUCUUUAUAUGUAUGGACUGUUCGGCUGUUCAUCGAUCACUUGGGGUGCAUUUAUCGUUUGUAAGAUCAACACAGCUAGAUACCAAUUGGACAUGGCUUCAGCUACGAGCUAUGCAGGUUGGAGGCAAUGCAAAUGCAUUGGCAUUUUUCCAACAACACAACUGUUCCACUACAGAUGCUCAACAAAAGUAUAACAGUAGAGCUGCCCAGCUUUAUCGAGAGAAGUUGCAUCAUAUGGCAGCAGCCAUCAUGAGAACUCAUGGAACAAAGUUACAUAUAGACACUGGCCAUCAUGAAACACCUCAUUCACCAGAAGAAAAAGAAGUUGAUUUUUUCAAAGAACAUUCUGAAGCUCGACUUUAUGAGAAUACUGUAGAUAAUGCUGUGAAAAAUGGGUCUCUCAAUGCUACGUUAUCCUCAGAACCCACUGAUAAUGGGUCAGUCUCAAAUGAGACUAUUGAAGAUGGUCCAAAGGUGGAGAUAGCACUCAGUGUUUCGCCAACUGAAGCCCCAAAACAACAGGAACCAAGAAAGAGUACCAUUGGGGCCCGCAAACCCAUUGGAACUAAGAAGGGGCAAGGAGCAAGAAAAGGAUUGGGAGCUCAGAGAGUGAGGAAAGAUUUCAGUGAAAUUGAAAAGGAGGCACAGCAAGCUGACCAUUUGCGAGAGCAGGCAGCCGUGGCAGCAAAGCAACAUGUUGAUAUCUCUAAAGAAGAGGAAGAAAAACAACUUAUCUCCAUGCGACUUGCUUACAAGGACUUGAGCCUUCAACAAAAGCAAACGGAACAAAUACUAAAGCAUGUUGACCCUCACAAGGCUGAGCAGUUUGAGAGACUUGGUAUGGGGUUUUCUGGUGGUCAGCUUGGAGGAGGAACAGUCUCUCAUUCAGCUCUCUCAGAUAUGAAAACUAUUCAGCAAGAGUUACCUACAUCUAACAUUAAACAAGAUAAAGACCAUGACUUUGAAGAUGAAUUUGAGUUUAUUGGGUUCACCUCUGGACCACCAAAGUACCGAGACAGUCCCUUUUUGUCCCGCAAAGAUGAUGAUUUUAAGAGUUUUAGCAGCAAACCAUCUUGGGAUAUAGAUAGAGAUGGUGAAAAAUCAUUUUUAUCAGACACUGUAUUAACACGUGACGACAGUAGUACUCAAAGUCGAAGAAGUACUGCUGCUGCUUUGAGCUCUGUGCCUUCUGGAGAUGAAGCUCAACGGAAAUUUGGGAAUGCCAAGGCCAUCUCUUCAGACCAGUUUUUUGGUAACAGUAGAGAUUCAAAUUUUGAAUGCAGAGAAAAACUUUCACGUUUUGAGGGCUCUAGUAGUAUCUCUAGUUCUGACUAUUUUGGUGAAUCAUCAGCUGCAAAAGGAAGCAGCUACAAUGCUCCUAACCUGUAUGACAUAAAAGAAGGAGUAAAAGAUGGGGUUACCAAGGUAGCGGGACGACUUUCUUCACUAGCUAAUGGAGUAAUGACAUCUUUCAGAGGAAAUGAUAGACUCCAGUCUAACAACAGUACAUCAGUCUGCCUUGGAACGCUAUGGUUACUGAGAGAAUUUUAAGAAUACUACUGCUGCCAAGGAGAGUUAUGAUUUAAAAAAAAAAGAUAUAAUCCCUAUUAAUUUUAUGUCAACAUUAAGAAUAUGGGUGCACAUUAGAGGAUUUAUAAUGCUUAUCCAUAAACCUCAACCUUUUUAUUACUAUUAUUAUUAUGGUUUUCAGACAAAGGAUGUCAUAAUUUGUUACUCUGAAACUGAAGCUUCUUUAUUGCAAACUAUUGGUUGCAUUAUUUGCCAUUUUUCUGAAAUAAAUAUGUAUUUUUAAUAGGGUGAUUAAAUAUUUUGAUGACAUUAUAAAGAUGGUUUAUGUUGAAAGUUAUUUUAUUAAAUUACUUAUUUAAAACUUAAAACAUUCUUCUAAAUUUAUGAAAAAUACUGAUAAUUUUUCUCAAAUUAUAAUAAAGAAUUUUUGCUUAGAGAUGUUUGGUGAGCUAAACAUUAUUUUAAAAUAGUUUAUAUAUGAUAAUGUUCAGUUUUAUAAUAAUAUUUAAAAUUUAUUAAAAAAACAUAUAAACAGUGCAGUUAUGAACCUUUUUUUUUCUUUUCUUGCAUUUAUUAUUCCAGAAAAGUAUUUGGACCUAAUUAAGACUACAAAAAAAUUACUUAAACAGGUCAGAAUUUGAGAAACCAGUUUUUAUUUUUCAUUCCAUAUCAGUAUCUUGUUUUCACAUAUUUUCCUUCUUCAUAGGAAAGCUUACCCUGCUUUUUCUUUCUGAUUUUCAGAAACUACUGUUGUGAAAAUAUGAUCAUAAGCUGUCAGUUGAAAUUUGAGUUUGUUAUAAAUACCUGGUUUAUACUAAACUUAUCUUUUGUGAAAAUAUUGUACAUAAAUUAGUUCAGUAACAUUGUAUUUUGUAUAUAAAAUCUGGAAAAGAAGGAUACUGAGAAAUUUUUAAGCUCCUUGCAAAGUUAGGUUGAUAAUCUAUAUUGCUGACUGCAUAGGAUCAACAAUGGAUUUAUGCAGGUUUGAAAAUAUUGUUAACAGUUUAUAAUUUUUAGUGUUUGCCAUUGUUUUUUCUGAUUUUCAUUAUUCUCUUUAUAUAAUUUCCUGUGGCUUUUGGAUCAGGACAACUAAAUUUAUUUGAAAAAAUACAUAAAAUUCUUUGUGCUAUGAUUGUGUCAAAUUUCUUGAUGUAAUAGAAUGAUUUGAAACAUUGUAUUUUUAUUCUUUUUUUUUAUGGGAUACAUUACAUUAUAGGGUAUUCAGGUCAUUCAUAUUAAUUGGAAAAUGGAUAGGUGAUAAAGGUAGUAUAUUGAAGAUCAUUUUGUUAGAAUAAACCUUUAAGUAAAGCCACUGUGGUUUCAGUACAGUUGCUAAAUUUAUCAAAUUUUCAGUUUACUGUAUGUUUAAGUCAUAAAUAAAUGUCAUAUUGAACUUA